AACCAAAAUUAAAAGGAUUUUUUGAAGAAAUGAUGAAUGCAUUAAUUCUAGUAAAAAGACUUAUUAAAAAUAAGGAAAAAGCAAAAAAACAAGUAGUUGUAUAUUGUUAUCUUCUAGUUGGAAUAAGAAAUAAGUUUGCAAACAAUUUUAAAUUAGAUCUUGGACUUUUUUUACAAUCUUUAAGAAUGUCUAAUUCAGGAAUUAAUACUUUAUCAAAUGCUGGUCUUAGUGUUCAUUCAAAAACUCUUUAA